GACCAGCCAAAAUGCCGCAUAGCAAUGGAUUAGACAAUGCAAAGCAAUCGUUAGCCUUCAACAUAGGGACUGGAAAAUCAAUAUCAAUACCUCCGACUGCACCACAGGAAUAUCUAAAGGGAAGUUCAUCAUGCUCAUCAUCGGUUGACUUGUCUUCCGACCCUGGAAGCCCAGUAAAUGGUCAUGCUAGCUCUAAUUUGACAACAAUCAUGAAAACUAGUGGUUCCCAGAUUGGCUCUUCUUCUUCAUCAUCUUCAUUGAAUGAAAAUGCAGAGGUCAACACCAUCAUGAGAAGCAAUUCCCAUGCACAUUUGCAGGAGGUAAACGAUAAGGUUGUUACUGCUGAUGUUCAACAGAGUAGCAAGGAUGAUGAGAAAGCUCAGAAAAUUAGCAGAGAUUCCAUGGAGGCUGCUGGUGAUGAUAGAUACCAGAAUUCUAUUAAUGAUAAAGACAGACAGAAACAAGAAAGUAGUGGUGAAAGACGAAAUUGUGAUGAGGAGAACCAUUCAGAGGAAGGUGAACCAUACAUUACAUCUCAUGCUAAUCAGAAAGAUGCUUCUUUAGGAAUGCAUGAAUUUACUCCAAGCAAUGAAAAAUUAAAGCCUGUCAAGUCUGUAAGGUCAGUUGGUGAUUUAAGUAAGAAUACGUCAUCUAGGAAUGAUCAGCAUGAAGAACCUCAGAAUGGUGUCCGGGGAGAUGCACAGAAGAGUGCAGGUGCUGCAGGAAACUCCAGAGUUAAGGAAAGGAAAGAGGCUAAGGUGUAUCCCAAGGAUACAAGAAGUGUCAUUUUAGAGAGCAAGGUUAAUCAGUUGGAACACAGAAUAAAGAUGCUCGAGGGAGAGCUAAGAGAAGCUGCAGCUGUUGAGUCUGCUCUUUAUUCAGUAGUUGCUGAGCAUGGAAGUUCCAUGAGUAAAGUCCAUGCUCCAGCUCGGCGCCUUUCUAGGUUGUAUCUUCAUGCUUGUGGAGAAACCUCCCGUUCCAAAAGAGCCAGUGCAGCUAGAAGUGUUGUUUCAGGACUAGUUCUGGUUGCAAAAGCUUGUGGGAAUGAUGUUCCAAGGCUUACAUUCUGGCUCUCAAACUCGAUUGUCUUGAGAACAAUCAUAAGCCAGGCUACUGGGGACCCUGAACUUUCCAAGUCUGCCAGGUCUUCGAUUGACAGAAAUGGUGCUGAAAAAUUUAAACAUAAGGCUUCAUCUCCAUUAAAGUGGGAGGCUCCAUCCUCUGGGAAAAAACAAGGGAUGAAACUAUUGAAUGGAAGUUUUGGUGACUGGGAGAACCCAAAUACAUUUAUGUCCACACUGGAGAAGAUUGAAUCUUGGAUCUUCUCCCGGAUAGUUGAAUCUGUCUGGUGGCAGACUUUGACACCAUAUAUGCAGUCUGUCGCUGCAAAGGCAGCUGAUGAAAGUAUCAGUUCAGGGUCACGAAAGAAUUAUAGGACAUCUAGCUCAGUUGAUCAAGAGCAAAGUGACUUUUCAUUAGACCUUUGGAAAAAGGCUUUCAAGGAUGCUUGUGAAAGACUUUGUCCAGUAAGAGCUGGUGGGCAUGAAUGUGGCUGUUUGCCUUUGUUAUCCAGAUUGGUCAUGGAGCAAUCAGUGGCUAGAUUAGAUGUGGCAAUGUUCAAUGCUAUCCUUCGUGAAUCAUCUGACGAGAUCCCAAGUGACCCUGUGUCCGACCCCAUCAGUGAUUUGAAGGUUCUUCCAAUUCCAGCUGGGAAGUCUAGUUUUGGGGCAGGUGCGCAGCUAAAGAGUGCGAUUGGGAACUGGUCCAGAUGGCUAACUGACCUAUUCGGUAUCGAUGAUGAUGACUCAUUUGAGGAUGUAAAUGGAGAUGAUAGUGAUGAGAGACAUGAUACAUCCUUCAAGUCCUUUCAUCUGCUUAAUGCAUUGAGUGAUCUCAUGAUGCUUCCGAAGGACAUGCUCUUAAGCAAAUCCAUCAGAAAAGAGGUAUGCCCUACAUUUUCUGCUCCACUGAUCAAAAGAAUUCUUGACAACUUUGUCCCCGACGAGUUUUGUACUGAUCCAAUUCCAGACAUUGUGCUUGAAAACCUGGAGUCUGAGGAUACUCUUGAGUUUGAGGAGGAGGCUCUCAGAAACAUACCAUGCGAUGGACCUGGUACGGACUAUUUGCCACCCUCAACAGCUUUUGUUGCAAGUCUAAUUGGAGAUGGUGGAGGCCAAUCUCAGCUGAGAAGAAGCGGGUCUUCAGUGGUCAGGAAAUCAUACACCAGCGAUGAUGAGCUCGAUGAACUGAACUCACCAUUGGCCUCGAUCUUCAUAGGUUCUUCUGCGUCUUCACCAGUUGCAUCAAAGCUCAACUGGGUUCCCAAGGGAAACAUCAAUCAAAAUGCUGUCAGAUAUGAACUCCUCCGGGAUGUUUGGAUGAAUAGCGAGUAGCUAGAGCGUAGUGAAAAGGAAAUAAGAGUAUAUAGAUAAAUAAGUUGGUUUUCUGUUUCCUUUUGGAGUUGUAAAUCGCUGCUCCAAUUUUGCCUGGUCACUGUUCUGAUGUUGAUGUACAAAAAA